CAGCCUUUCAGGCAUAUUUGGCUCUUCUUUUACCACCAACUGCUCACAAGAUGAGCUACAACACUCCAAUCAAUGAUGUUGCAUAGUAAUGCACAUGCCAUAAUGAAGUAGGAGGCGAUUCACUUGCUUACCAUUUGCUUGUUUGACUCGAGACACAAUGGAGAUCCACUUCGUGUAUACAUGGAUCUUGAGGCUGGCAGGAAGAGAUCAGGUGUUGAGGAUAUUUUUAUAGGUUAUCAUGCCAAAGAUGAUGUUCAAUCAACUUAUGCUGGUGCGCUUUUUCAUAAUGGCCGAAAUUAUCAUUUAUCCUCCUAUAAGAACAAUGAUACUCUUGUUUAUUGGUCUUCCUCACGUUGUCUUCCUGAGAGGAACCGGCUUACAAAAAGUAUUCUUAGUUUGCUGCCCCACCACUCAUUUGGCAAGUGUUUGAACAAUGUUGGGGGCCCAGACAUGGCACUUUCUCUCUAUCCAGAUUGCAUGAAGGACUUCAAUACAGUCCCUAAAUGGUGGGACCAUUUACAUUGCUCCAUGUCUCACUACAAGUUUGUGCUCGCAAUUGAAAACACCGUUACAGAGAGCUACGUGACGGAGAAGUUAUUUUAUGCCCUGGACUCUGGAGCAGUCCCAAUCUACUUUGGUGCGCCAAAUGUUUGGGAAUUUGUACCUCCUCAUUCAAUAAUAGAUGGGACAAAAUUUGACUCCAUGCAGGAGCUGGCUUCUUAUGUGAAGGCCCUUGCUAAUGACCCUGUAGCCUAUGCAGAAUAUCAUGCAUGGAGGCGAUGUGGUGUACUCGGGAACUAUGGGAAAACGCGUGCAGCUAGCCUAGACACAUUACCAUGCCGGUUGUGCGAGGCCGUGAGCAGAAAAGGUGGCAGAAACGCAACGCCCUUGUGA